AUGGACUUAUAUUAACAUUCUUAUACGCUUCCUCCUAAACGAUUGUGUAAAGAGCCUAAAUUAGCAAUUUCAAUUUUGAAAAGGAAAUUCAUUGAACCAAUAUAAGACUUUGCUGGUGCUAGGAGAACUAGAACAAGUUUUUCACCUUAAAGAAGAAUGAAAUCAAUUUAGACAAGAUAAAAAUCUGCAAUAUAGACAUUUAAUUUUGAAGUUGGAUAAAUUAUUGUUCCAAAAAGAAAUUCUAGAGUGACUCGAUUUUAGGGUCCGAAUUUUCCAUUUAAUCUAAAUUACUUGAUAAAGUAAAUGAAUGCUUUAAAAUGA